AUGGUGAAACUGGUGCACAACGUUCAGAAGAAACAGCAUAGGGAGCGGUCCCAGCCCCAGAGUCGCGCGCGGAUGGGGCUGCUCGAAAAAAAGAAGGAUUACAGGCUUCGGGCGGCGGACUACCACAAGAAACAGGCCCAGCUUAAGGUUCUCAAGAGCAAGGUCAAGUCGCGGAAUGAGGACGAGUACUACCAUUCGAUGACACGCAAAAAGACAGACAAGGACGGGAUAUUGAUAUCGGACCGUGGAAACGAGAGUCUUUCGAACGACGAGGUGCUACUGCUGAAAACACAGGACUCGAACUAUUUCACGGUGGCCACGCAGAAAGAGUCGCGCAAGAUCGAGAAGGAGAUGAACACGAUGGACAGUUUCAAGAGUCGCGGGUCGCACACGGUGUUUGUGGAGUCGGAGGAGCAGAUGGAGCAAUUUGACCCUGCUGAGUAUUUUGACACGGACGCCAGUUUGCUUGGGAAAAGAGAAAAUCGACUGCGCAGAUCGCAAUUAAAGGGCGUUUCUGAGGCAGAUGACGGGGUGUUUGAUGGGCCUGUUGUUCCAGAACUGGAAUCGGGCGGAUUGGCAAGACACAAGAUGGAGCUGAAAAAAAUGAAAAGACUGCGUCUUUUGGAGCAACGAAUGGAGCGCGCAGAGAAGCUACGCAAGCUGCAGUCCAAGGUGGAGCUGCAGAAGCAUCUCAUGAAGAAAGGCGAAAAGAAGAAAGUGCAGACCAAGGAAGGGAAGACGGUGUUUAAAUGGAAAAAUGUAAGAAAAAGAUGA